UUUUCUCAUUUAGAUUUAGACAAGAACUGACAACAAUAUUCGAACCCUCCAACUUUUUUGGAAUCUACAAAAUUAUAGAUAAUGUGCGCCUGCUGCCGCGGCUGCUAUCGUGGCUGCUGCUUUCCUGCACGAUGCAGGGAGCUGGUGGUGAGCACAGAGCCACGCAUCUGCAACCCCAGGAAGAAGGCAAAAUGUGACUGUCAUCGGAAUCGCUGCCUCCUGGUGGCGCUGGCGUACCUCUUUCGCUGCACCAAUCUCUCCAUGCUGUCCACGCUCUGGCGUAUGGCGGACAACAGGAGCCAGCCGCUGAGGGGAUUCACGCGAGACCCCGCGUGGAGGGUGAUGCAGAGUGUGAAGGCGCCGUACACCGAUUUGAACGACUUGGAGAUCUACGACAGCUUGUACGAUCGCUGCGGAAUAGCCAUCGAUCCGUUGGAUCCAAACAACACCUACAAGAUGCUGCGAUUGAUGUUCCUCAACGCAGACUUAGAGUCCGAUCAGCGGAAGCACCUCAUCCUCAUGCUGGAGAUGCUCAAUGAACUUGCCUUCCGGCGCGUCAAUCUGGACCUGCUUCUGCAAACGCUCGCAUCCAUCAACAUCGGAGAGUUCGUUUCCAGCCUCGUACAUCAGGACAACCUAAACAGCUACAAUACAAAGCUAUCUGAGGACCUGUCGCAGCUCUAUGAGCGCGUGGUCACCACCGAUAAGAACGCCAUCAUUGAAAACCGCAGUCGGCGUGCCAGAGAGGAUGUCGACAUGGAUGUGGACCCUGUAAAAACGCAGUCCGACCAGUCUCGCAACACCCUAAUGUACUGCAUCCCUACGUCCCUGGAUAUCGGCUCUGAACAAUCGCGUUCAAGUCCCAGUGGCUGCCUGCGGUACGCCCUAAAAGCAAAGGAAAAGCGGCAAAAAAAUAACAGCAGUGAAAUAAUGCAAAGUGGCCGCAAGGGCACAAAUCCAUAAUUUUGUACAUCGAUUCACACUUGUAUCUAAAAUUCUGAAAAUUCGAAUAAAGUGAAUGAAUCUUAGCUAAUGAUAA